AUGACGCAGCAAAUUAAUAAAAAAACAAACGUUUUGCGGCGUGGCUCCUUUAACGCCGCAAAGUUGUCACCUGUCCCCCACACAGAGACACGCGUAUUAACCCCAUAUUUUUGGAGCCAGCUGCUUCUCUCUUUCGUCUCUUUCGUUUGGCUUGUCUCACUUCACAGAAACACCAACACCUUCUUCUUCCUUCAUACGACUGACCCUGACCUACUCUCUUCACCAUCGAAUUUCGCCGGAAAACUUAAGCUCCACCGCCGCCGUGGUCAUUCGAACUCAUCUCCGCCGCCUCCGUUCUCAAUUGAGGCCUUCACUGGUAAAUCCUAUGCCACCGUGACACAGAUCACAGGAACUGAAAGCCAUGAAUUUGUUAUUUGGGUCCAGUUUUUGUUGUUGAUCUUAUUGUUGUUGCUUGCUUUUGUUGUUGUUGUUGCUGUUUUUGCUCUUGUUGUUCUUGGUGUUUUUGGUUGUAUCAUGACUUUAGCCGGUGAAACAAAAGGUAUGAGUCGAAGUUGGAUGUAUGAGAAGCGAACUUCGUCGGGGUUCUUGAACGGGGUAGAGGAGUUUUGUAGAUGUGCUUUGGAGCAUCAAGAAAAUGUACAAGAUAAUGGGUUUAAUUGUCCAUGUGUCGAUUGCGAAAAUGUGAGUAGGGUUAGUAGUAUCAAAACAUUAAGAGAUCAUGUGAUUCGUCGUGGGUUUAGGCAACAAUACCAUGUGUGGAUAUGGCAUGGUGAGAUCGGAGGAUAUACGGGAAAUUCCAGUGAAAAUCCAAUUAUUGACCACCAUGUACACACUGAACCUAUUGAUCGGACCGAGGAUAUGUUUUCGGAGGAAGAUGAUGAAGGUGAAGAAGACGUGGAUGAUGAUAUUGAGGAGGAUCAUAUAGAUGAAAUGAUGGAGGCAAUUCAAGAUAAGCCUCAUUUAUUUGAACGUUUGUCAGAAGCUGCUGAGAAACCUUUGUAUCCUGGAUGUGUCAAGUACACUCAGUUGUCGGCUGUGUCAGUGUUGACCAACCUGAAAAUAAAGGGCGGUGUGACUGACGCAAUUUUUUCACAAUUUUUGGAGGCAUUAGAGGACAUGUUUCCCGAAGGGAAUGUGUUGCCUAAGUCGACUUAUUAUGCCAACAAGUUGAUGUGUCCUUUUGGAUUAGCAUAUGAGAAAAUAGAUGCUUGCCCAAAUGAUUGUAUUUUGUAUCGAAAAGAGUUUGCAGAUUUAGAUAAAUGUCCUCGGUGUGGUAAGUCUCGUUACAAGCUCCCAGAUGGAGUUAUGCCCGGGGAAGGCAAGAAAGGUCCCUCUGCUAAACUGCUUUGGUAUCUUCCAAUAAUACCAAGGUUUAGACGAUUGUUUUCAAUAAAGAAGGAGGCAAAGAACUUGAGGUGGCAUGCAGAUAAGAGGAAGAAAGAUGGGUUGCUUAGACAUCCGGCAGAUUCUCCUCAAUGGAAAGAUAUUGAUGAAGAAUUUCCAGAAUUCGGCAAAGAAGAUAGGAAUCUUAGGCUUGCGCUUUCUACUGACGGAAUGAACCCAUUUGGUAGUCUAAGCAGUCAACACAGCACUUGGCCUGUUCUGUUAGUAAUUUAUAAUUUGCCUCCUUGGUUGUGCAUGAAGUCAAAGAAUAUUAUGUUAUCCUUACUUAUACAAGGGCCGAAACAACCAGGAAACGAUAUUGAUGUAUACCUUGCUCCGCUCAUUGAUGAUUUGAAAAAAAUGUGGGAUGAAGGUAUUUCUGUUUUUGAUGCGUAUGGUGAUGAGAUUUUCACGUUGCGUGCAAUGUUAUUUUGUACCAUCAAUGACUACCCGGCUUAUGGUAACUUGUCAGGGUAUAAGGUAAAGGGAAAGAUGCCAUGCCCAGUUUGUGAAGAUGAUAUGGAAUCAACCUGGUUGCCAAAUUCUAGAAAACACGUGUAUCCAGUUCAUAGAAAGUGGCUAAAUAGGUUUCAUCCUUAUCGAAAGAAAAAAUCUCUAUUUGAUGGCAACGUGGAAGAACGUAGAUUUCGUAGACCAUCAUCUGGAAGAGAGGUUUACAACCGUGUUAAAGGCAUAGAGACGGUUUUUGGAAAAUCUGGGAAAAAUAAAAAAGAUGGAAUUUGGAAGAAGGAGUCUGCCUUUUGGAAACUGGAAUAUUGGAAGCAUCUGUCAGUUAGACAUUGUCUCGAUGUAAUGCACAUAGAAAAAAAUGUGUGUGAGGCCAUUUUGGGUACAUUGUUGAACAUGGAUAAGAAAUCGAAGGAUGGCAUUAAGGUGCGGAGAGACAUGCAACACCUGAAGAUUCGACCUCAUUUAUGGCCAAAGCUUAAGGAAAAGGCCAGAAAGGGGAAAGGGAAGUCUUACUAUUUACCCCCUGCUUGCUAUACAUUGUCUAAAGUUGAGAAAAGAAUAUUUCUAGAGUGUCUUUAUGGAAUUAAAGUUCCAAAGGGCUACUCAUCGAAUAUAAGAAAGCUUGUGUGUAUGACUGAAUUGAAAUUACAUGCAAUGAAAUCCCAUGAUUGUCAUGUCAUGAUGCAAGAAUUAGACAAACUACAAGCUAAUGUAGUUGUAACACUGUGCCAGUUUGAGAUGUAUUUUCCGCCUUCGUUUUUCGACAUAAUGGUUCAUUUAGUUGUCCAUCUUGUUCGAGAAAUCAAGCUUUGUGGUCCAAUGUUCAUGAGAUGGGCUUAUCCUUUUGAAAGGCAUAUGGGGUGCAUGCAGAGAAAGGUGAGGAAUCCCGCACGACCAGAAGCAAGUAUGAUUCAAGGAACUGUGUCGGCAGAGAUUGGUGCGUUUAUUGCUGAAUAUAUGUCCAGAGCUGAACCAAUCGGACUUCCUAAAUCUCGACAUGAGGGGAGACUUGAAGGCAAAGGCACAAUUGGUGCUAAAGAUAUCAGUGCUCCAUUAGAGAAACAGAUGCAAGCCCACUUAUGUGUGCUACAACAACUCACAAAGGUUAGUCCGUACUUAGAAAAGCAUAUGCAGGAGUUAAGAGCUCGAAAUCCGACUAAAACAGAACGUGCCUUUGUGUUGGAACAUAAUCGUACUUUCAGUGAUUGGUUUCAAAAUAAAGUGAUGGCUGAGUUGGAUGUUAAAGGCCACAAAAUCUCCAAUACGAUAAAAUGGCUAUCAUAUGGUCCACAAGAUACUUUGCACUCAUAUGAAGGGUAUGACAUCAAUGGAUAUACCUUCCAUACGCUACGUCAAGACAAAAAGUCAAGGUCUACGCAAAAUAGUGGUGUUACAAUGGUUGCUUCUUCUAGAGAUUAUGCAAGUGCUAAAGAUAAGAAUCCAGUUGAUGCAACACAUCCAUAUUAUGGGGUCAUUCAGGAAAUAUGGGUGCUUGAUUAUAGUGGAAAAAUAAAGGUACCACUUUUUCAAUGCAAGUGGGCAGAGAAUAGUCGGCGCGGUGUUAAGCUUGUUGACAAUAAUAUGACUAUAAUCAAUAUGACACGGUUGCGCGAUACUUCAGAGCCAUUCAUACUCGCAUCCCAAGCAAAGCAAGUUUUCUACAUAAGAGACAAUGUCGAUCAUGAUUGGUCUGUUGUUGUUAAAGGGAAGAGAUAUAUUCUUGGUGUUGGUGAUGUCGAUGAUGAAGAAGAGUACGAUCAGUUUGAUGACUCACCACCGUUCUCAAUUUCAGAGAGCGAUGUGCUUGAUGGAACGGAUAAUGAUACCAAUUAUAUGCGCUUAGAUCAUACAGAAGGCAUAACUGUUGAUGAACCUUGA